GACUACCUUCGCAGCUCCAGAUGCGAGAUCCGUUUCCGGAGACGCUGGAAUACAUCAGAGCUUUUUCUAUGACGACCAGUAACCAAUUCUGUACGGUGGACAAAGGUGAUCCUAGGGAAGCUCAUUGGUGGGGCUAUUACUCCUGGCUCAUCACGACCGCGCCGAAAAUCAACGAGAUUACUCUUACUAUGGUGUGGAGCCGGGACUUUCUCUUGAAUCGGUACGCUGGGCCAUAUGAGAUUUUAAACUCGAUGGGUUUGAAGACUCUCGACUGGGACGAGGAGGAUGACGUAUAUCAAACUCGCCCGCGAGUCGAGGGAGAGACAAUCAGCGCAGACUUGAAGGCAUUCUUGUCACUCUUGCUGCAAGCUCGUCCGGAUCUGAAGAUGAUAACUCUCGGCUGCGAUGUUGUCAUCCCUUCGAGAGGUCUCCCUCCGCUAUCUUUCCGGUGCACCACGGCGAUCAAAUCGGAUGGUCCUUUAUCAUGGCAAAACUUGAUAACAUUUGACGAUUAUAUCGACUACGAUGUCGUCGACCAGAAUGUUCAAGAGAUCAAUGAGCUUGUCAACCUGGAUCUCUACUCGAAUUCCAGCCUGGGGGGAAUGAUGGGGGCAUUGAACCGUUUGAAUAUGGGAGAAUACUUUUAAGUCAGAGCUAGGACUUCUGGGAACGAAUGCGCAAUGCUGUGUACCGGCUGUACAGAUCGACUUCUGAGUCACGCCACCAAUAACGCUUACAUUACGAGAUAUGACAAAAUCCUCCACCUUCGCGCAGUAUACUUUGGCACUCACGUCAAGCCUCACAAACGAUCUCUGAUCAUCUUUAUACUUGGCGUGCAAGCUAAUAUACGUAAUACACUAGGUCGCCCUCGGAC